CAGGGGAUAGAGAGACAGACAGAGGGGUCAUAGGGGAUAGAGAGACAGACAGAGGGGACACAGGGGAUAGAGAGAUGGAAGGAGAACGAUCAGGGGAUAGAAAUACGGAAGGGGAAAGUGUCAGGGAUAGAGAGAAGGAUGGAGCGAAGGAAGGUGCCAGCAGCCUUAGCUCUGAGGGGAGCUGUAGUGAAACCCACUGGUCUCCUUCACCCCAUCCCAUCCUCUCCAGGAUGCUCAUGCAUUCCUCCGUCUCUUCCUCUGCUUCCUCAUUCAACUGCUCCUCAGCGGAGAGCGAUGAGGUCUUCAGCGAAGGAGAGGACACUGCCAGCAAGAGGAGUACCAUGAGGAGGUGUCGCUCCUGGAGGACCUUCCUGACCAUGAUGCAGUGGUCAGUGCGUCGGCAGAGUUCAUGGGUCCAGCUAGCAGGACAUCAAGGUAACUUCCAGCUGAGUGAGGGGGGCGAGGUGCUGAAGCGUUUCAGUGAGGUGGAGGCUGUGUGUCUGCAGGCCCUCAUGGCUGACCCCCUGCGUCCCUUUGUACCGCAGUACCAUGGCUCGGUCAACAGGGGGGGUAACAGUUACAUCCGCCUGGAGGACUUACUGAGUGGCCUGAAGAACCCUGUCAUCAUGGACUGCAAGAUGGGCGUGAGGACAUAUCAGGAGGAGGAAUUAACCAAAUCACACACCAAGCCCACCCUGAGGACUGAUAUGUACCAGAAGAUGGUAAAAGUUGAUCCAACGGCUCUCACUGUGGAGGAACAUGAGCAGCGAGGCGUGACGAAGUGGCGCUACCUGCAGUGGAGGGAUAACACCAGCUCCACCUCCACACUAGGCUUCAGGAUUGAGGGCAUCAUGAUGGAGAACGGCAGCGUACAGCGGGACUUUAAGAUGCUCACCCCAGCCCAGGUCACCGAGGCCCUCCUCUCCUUCACCAAGAGUCAUCUACACAUCCUGAAGGCCUACCAUUCCAGACUUCAGGCUCUGGAUGAAGCCCUGAAGGAAUCCCCAUUUUUCAAAGCCCAUGAGGUGAUUGGCAGCUCGCUCCUCUUCGUCCACGACUGGACCAGUAAGGCCAACAUCUGGAUGAUAGACUUUGGGAAGACCACCCCGUCGCCCAGCACUGUGCAGCUGAGGCAUGACGUCCCGUGGGCCGAGGGGAAUCGGGAGGAUGGGUACCUGAUCGGGCUGGCCGCCCUCACCUCCCUCGUGGGUCAGGCAAUCAGCCAGGCAGCCUGCAGACAGGAGGAGAAGCAUGGAGAGGAGAUGGGCAGUGUCACACACACCCUGCAGGAACAGGAACACACACAGACUAAAAGUUAGGGUGGUCAGGGCGAGGCAGCACAGAAUGAAGAUACUUCUGAUUGAAGAAGAGAGGCCACAUCAGGACAAUAUUCACAGGAAUGUGUUCUCUAAUUUACAUGGAUGAUGUUUGUGGAUAAUUGCAAUAGACACUAUUAAUGGAUAGAAUUAUCUUAACUGUUUAGAAAUAGGACAAUAUUUUUUAUAUUUUUCACAAUAAAAACAACCUACUG